GAAAUAUCAACAUCCUGAUCAGCAGCGAUAACCAAAGAUGUAAACUAGAGACUGAAGCUCGGUGCUGAAAAUGUGUCGUGCAGAAAAUAACUGGCGUCAUCAUGUUAAUGUGGGCUAGAAAAUAAAGAGACAAUGGGUCUGAAUAUUUGUCUUGUGUAGCUGCAGCUAUUAUGGAUGUGUUAUAAUAGUAAAUUUAAUGUUUACAUCAAUAGUUAUUAUUUGCGGACAUGUUUUGUCUUGAUUUUCUCUGACCAAGCUGACAUCAGAAAUGUAUCGUGGGACGCACAAUAUGGAUUUUUUUUUUCAGCCAAUACAAUAGCAGAUGAUUACUUGACUCUCAUGGCUGAUACUGAUGAAAUAACCAAUAAAAGAAACUGACAUUUAAUUCUUUUUCAUGCACACCUGAGUGGAGGAAAUGCAAGGAUGCAGCAAGCAAUCUGUCUUAUAUACCGUACAUCCCUCCUAGCCUGUAAAACAUUUACUUAUCACCUAGUAAGAUGUAAGAUAAGAUGUUCCUUUAUUGAUUCCCCUCAGGAGAAAUUCACAGCUAACACAUACAGAGGGAAAUAAGUAGAAGCACAAGAGUAAGUCUCAAAAAAUACAGAUAUUAAUAAAGAGAUAUUUGAAUAAUAAAACAACAAUUGGAAUAGAAAAUGUAAUAAAAUAUAAUAAAUGUACCUGUGCAAUGUGCAGGGUGCCAGGGAUAAUAAAUAACAACAGAACAAAAAAAAAGGCUUCAAAGUACUCUGCAGGACAAUGACCAAAGAAGAAGAAAUGAAGGACCUCGAAACAGAAAACUCAAUUUCAUUACAUUGUAAUUUAUUAUUUAAAAUGUAAAAAAUCCAGACGCGCAUCAGGCUGCUGAACGACCAACUUCAUUAAAGUAUUUAAAAGUACGCAAGCCAGAUUAUGUGUAGGACAGACUUCAUCAAAAACAGAAGUUCAGCCUCUUUAUCAGGCAUAUUAAACUCAUUUACUUGGAUGUCAGAACUUACCGGAGGCCCCUGAAUGCAUCACUCCCACACGGGCUCCUGAUCAUGAUCAGCCGGGGAACAGCUCCCUCCAGCGGGCCAACACUGCGCUGCCGGAGCUAAAAUAAACUUUUGUGUUUUUCAGUGACAUGAAAUGAAACUCUCUCCUCUCACUGACUGUGAGACCGACUGCGCCAUGAAUGGAGGAGAAACCGUGCUCGUCACAGGUUUUGGACCUUUCAGACAGUUCCUGGUGAACCCCAGCUGGACAGCAGCUCAGGGACUGAAGUUGGUCGGUUUGGGAGACAUGAUUGAUGUUUACAUCCAGGAGUUACCUGUGAGUUAUGUGAAGACUCAGAGAAUCAUUGCUGGGGUUUGGAAAACUCUUCAACCAAAGUUUGCUGUACACCUCGGUGUAGCCCGAGGCUCCAGUGUGGUCGUUCUCGAGCAAACAGGGAAGAACAGCGGCUACAGAGACAGAGACGUGUGCGGCUUCUGUCCUGAGAGUCACUGCUGUGUGGAGGGAGGACCAGAGAAACUGGACUCGGUCAUCAACAUGAGGGUCGUCUCCAAAGAGUUCAGACAAGCAGGGGAGGAUGUGGUUUACUCCAGAGACGCCGGCAGGUACCUGUGUGAGUUUGCGUACUACUGCUCGCUGUAUCACGGUGAGAGGAGGGCGGCCCUCGUCCACGUGCCUUCAUGUGGCAGCCUGAGCUCGGCCGACAGACUGGUGCCUCUGCUGCAGAGCCUCAUUCAGACCAUGCUGGAGCAGCUGGAGGGACCCUGUGUGAGGUAGAUCAUCAGUCUACAACAGACCUCUGCAGCUGGGUGCCAGCUCCUCUCUUGCACAGAGGAAUUAUGGGUAGAGCCUUCCUAAGCACGCGUCUCCCUUCACCCUCUGAAGCGGCUCUGGCUUGUUUUUCAGCAGUGCGGCAAGUGUCUUAAAAGUUGAUGUUCGGAUGUCCAAACCCUCCCCCCAGGCAGCGAAGACCUCCCAUGGACAGACACGUAAUGGCUGGAGGUGGACCGUUGCUCUACUGUAACCUGUCGACUCAAAAACUCCUCUCCCCCCCACCACCAUCUGUUGCUGCGCACGAGGCUUGUUGAUGCAAAUUUAGAAAACAAACACGGCAGUAAAUCUGGACUUCUUGUCAGCGUCCUCAGUCACGGCGCACGCAGACACAUGCUAUUGACAUCAGGCUAAAUUGAGUCAUAUUUGACCUGUCAUCGGUGACGUUAGCGGCAUGCCACGUUCUUCAAGUUGGCAUGAAAAGAGGCUCCUAAAGGUCAAACAACAACCUCUCCCUCUCUUCUUAUUAGUUAUUUUCCACCAUUUGUUUUUUUGUGUGGAAUGUGGCUGUUUUUCCUGCUCCCCACUUGUGUUCGUUUACUUGUUCAUGCACAUUUUGGCAGAUUGAAUUCCGUUCUGAUAAAUCAAACGUGUUGUAUAAAUAAGGCUUCGCUGGCUGAGUCAGGGUGACGCCUCUGUUCUUUGCUCUCUGACACUUCUUGUUCUGUUUAGCUUAGUAUGUUUAUCCGUACAGUUGUAUCUUAAUCAUAUUUGAGUGUAGCAUGAGCUAAUCAAAUCCUGUGUGUGGUAUUCUGAAAGUGACAAAGUGAGUGUUCCAAGCAAAUAUCUGGUCUGACGGUGUUAAAGCUGUGCUCUCCGGGGACGUGCCAAUUGUAAAACUCCGGCUCGACACCGAUGUUUCUGUGCCGUUUGUGUUUAUGUUGUUUUUGAUGCUAUUCAUUUGUUCUUUAGUUUUUUAGUCUUUAGGGAAACAAAGAAAUCUGCACUCCAUAAAGUAACCUCAUCUGCUCGUCAGCCUUUUAUUACGCUGUCUUCGACAGAGCACAAAUUAGAUCAUACAAACAAAUGUUUUUGUUCACAUUAUGUAACUUUUUUUUUUUUACCUUAAAAUAACAUCUUCAAAAUCACUGUGAUGGUACAGUGUCUAGUAACAGGAUGAAUUGUGCCACUCUGCCCUACUGUUGCUUGUUUGUGCUCUAAGUAACCUCAGUGAGAAGGUCGGAUCACAGCGUUACAUCCAUGUUUACUUCCACAUACAAGUUUUCAACACAUAACAUUGUUAUGAUGUAAUGAGUUUUGUUUGUAGUUUAGGUCUGACUUAUUGUUACAGACCUGGGAUUUUUCUAUUUAUGACAAUCGUGUUUGCACUCAGGCAACUGUAGGGGGCGCCACAUUGCUAAAAAUGCCAAUUUCCACAUAAUGUUGCUUUAAAUAUACUUAAAAAAAACUGAAGGGAUCCCAAAAUUGUUGCGACAAAACAUAAAAACAUCGGCCACUUUCCUUCUUUGAAUAUCAGCCUCGUCUCCAUCGCCCGAUACAGAUGUUACGAUCGUUGCAUCCCUGAUGCUUCCAUGAUGAAAGGCCUUCCCAGAAAUAAUCUCACCCCAUUAAAAAAGAUGAACUAAAAAGUCCAUGAAACAAUCAGAUAAAAUAAAAAACAGACACGUUUUCUGCCCAAGUGAGAGUGCAGAGCAGCCUCCAAACACCGACGGUAAACGUUUAAUGAACCUCUGCAGCGCUCUCUCGCAACAGGCCAGCAGAACUUCACACAUGCAACAUCCUCGGCGUGAUGAAACCUUGAUGUAUAAUAGCACUAAAAGAGAUACUGCACACUCCACAAUAAAUCAUGAUGUUUAAUAUGAUCGCAGAGUCUGCCUUUCAUUUUCGCCCAACCUUUGCAGCAGAGAGAGAGCAGGAGAGCAAGAAUGCACUUUUGUCUUAAAAGGAAACUGGAGACAGAACCACGGGAAACCCAAUCAGUGACCCAGAGCUACCUGACCAUGGGAAAGAAGACAGCACAAGGAGGAGACAUUGAAAGCUCUCCAAAUAUGACUCAUCCCUUUUGUCUUUUAUCCUGCCUGCUCUCUCGUCUCGUAUCGCUCUGUUGGGUCUUUGUGCGGACGUCUGGCUUUACUGGACUUCGACACUCUUCUGGAAAUCUCAGUUAAGUCACUGCAGCACAGGCGACCAGCAGUGGCAGCCUUGACUUUCGGGAGGCUAAUCCCCCCCCCCACCACCACCACCACCACUAGCAGCACCACCACUAGCAGCACCACCUCUGUAACACAAUCCACACACUCCUGUAAUCAGGACAAAACAGUCAGGCUGCCAUAGAAACCAGAGGUCUGUGUCUGCACAACACUCGGCCCUCUUCUUUUUUCUGCUCGCACUCUUUUUCUAAGGUGAGGUCAGCCGUGGAGAGUGGGAGGGGAGAGGGAGCAGAAUGCCUUCUCAUUGAGGUCAGAGAGGGGGGGGGGGGGCAUGCAUAUAUGCAGCGUUGCACGCCGACAAGCAGCAGGCUGUGCUGCGUUUUCUCUCCGCCAACAGCCAGGGUGAUUCAUUAUCAAAUUAGAAAUGAAUUUAUGAAGGUUGUCUCUCCAGCUCCCUUUUUGCUGACGGUCAGACGCCGUCCCCCUCCUCUUGCGCCUUUCCCCGACGGCAGGAAUGAGGGGCAUCUUUCACACACGGGCCGUGGCAUCCCUUCUAUGGGCCGAGGCUGACGGGUGAGGAGGCUUCGCGCUGCCAGCUGACCGCCGGGGGCCAUGCCGUCAACGGGCCACAUUUAACCCGUGACGUUAAUGUCAGGCCUCAUCUUGGCUCUACCUUAGCGUACACACCACAUGAUAUCCUACACACUUAGACACACAACUUAAAAUAGACGCCGGGUAAAAUAUUAAUGGGACAGAAGGCGGGUGAAGGCGGUGGCAGCAGAGGAUGAAACAGUGCAUCCUUGGAGAGAACAUACACCUGGAAGCUCUCAAAGGGUGAUCAUAUGGAGUGA